AUGGAUGAACCACCAAAUGGUACCCCUCCACACUCUUCCAGCCAAGGAAGUUCCAGUGUCCUAAUUCCUGAGUCUCCUGGCAGCCCAAACUUACUCGAACCUGCAUCACCAGGUACCCCACCAGCCAUUUGGGACGUGCAUCAGGAAGAUGACAGUGUAACCAACCCUGACACUGAACCGCUGGCAGUUAAUGCAGCAAUUAACGAAAAUAGUAAUGACUCUGCAGCAACUGUCACUUAUGAAGCAGACACCAGUGGCAGAUCUUCCAUUUCUUGGAGACCGGUGGACCAUAUCGCGCCGCAGUACGAUGACUCAAACUCCCUUCGUCCACAGAGUUCACAGUCUGACACCGUCGCAGUAAAUUACACGAACGAAGAAUCCAACAGCUUGAUGUCUCUACCCGAGCCCGAGCUAGGGAAGGACGACGACAUUGGGGAACCGCCCGCGAAGGUACGGAAAUUAAGCUCUCCGAAACAAAGCGAUGACAUGGAUGGAGAGACAUGUCCCAUUUGCUUGGACUCGUGGGGUAAUUCCGGCGAGCAUAGACUCGUUGCACUCAAGUGCGGACAUUUGUUUGGAGCACAAUGUGUCGAGAGGUGGCUGAAGGCCCAAACGGCCCGCGAACGUUCGUGCCCAACCUGUAAAAGUAGGGCGACCCUAAAGGAUAUAAGAUUCAUAUACGCCAGGCGUCUGGUGGCCGCGGACUCUACGCAGAUCACGGCACUGCAGAAGCAGGUGGAGCUGCUCCAGACGGAGAAGAGUCGAGCCGAGCUGGAGCUCCAGAAGUGUAGGAUAGCGCAUCGCGCAUGCGUUUUACAACUGGAAGUUCUACGGAGCACCCUUAUGAAGUCGCAAGUCGCCAAAGAGCAGCCCGUGAGAAAAACUUGGAGGUUCGCACUGGAAAAAAACCUGGAGAUUUGCAAGGACGGCGGCUGUCGCGUCCUGACGUACAACUGCCGCACAUACGAGCUCUACGUCACGCAGAAGAGCGUGAACUAUUUAUUCCCGGGCUACGGUAUACGCAAGGUCAGCUGCGUCGACUACAAACUGGGCCAGUUCGUGCACUUGCAUCCCAAACCGAUCCGCGACAUUACCUAUUCGCAACCGAGGGACCUUCUACUGAGCGUCGGCUUGGACAGCAACGCGAGAAUCGUUGAAAGGGGCAUCCCGAGUGCGACCAUUCAGUGUGGAAUGCCGCUGUGGUCCUGCUCGUGGGAUUAUUUGCGCAGCAACGAGUUCUACGUCGGCGGAGUUGGUGGGGUGAUCCACCAGUACGACGUCAGAAACCCUAACAGCUACAUUCAGAGGCUGUCUGCCCCCGGCGACAUGUCGCCCGUAGUGUCCCUUUGCUCCACAGAGUUCGGCCUGCUCUCCUGCCAGCUGAACUCAUGCUGGCUCUGGGUGGCUAACAUGAGGCAGUGGGAGCCCCGUGCGUUGCCGGUAGAGGGCCCAUUCAUGUCGCUCUGCUACGACAACGAGUCGCACAGGGCGUUAGUGUCAUGCAGACCUGGCUCCAACGGGUCAGAGAGAUCGAGACUGACAUUGUGCAAGCUGAAAGCAAGUGUGCCAAGUGGUGAGGUGUUGUUUGAGGUAGACCAGAGCUUCGCCGGCUCCUCCAGGUCCACCCUGAUGUCAAGGGCAUCCUGGGUGAGAGCCCCGGGCGCCUCUUGGGUGGCCGCCCAUUCUGAGAGUGAGUCAACACUAUACCUACACGGAUUGGAUGGUGCUAGGACUAUGUCCCUACCAGCUGCAGAGCCAGCUCUUGAUGUGUGUUCUGUGCAGUUAAACGGUGACACUGUUGUGGCUGCAUUGUCAGCAUCUAGUUACAAGUUUCGCUAUAAUUUAUUACGAUAUACAGUUUUAACUGAAUCAAGAAGCAUGGAUCAAGUACUACAUCAUGUGGCACAGACUGUGGAGAAGCAGCUUGACAGUGAGCUGGAGAGGCUGGAUACCCUGGACAGCAACGAUCUUGAAGCGAUCAGGCAGCAGCGAAUCGCAGAGAUGAAGCAACGCGCCAAAUUGAAGCAAGAGUGGAUAGCUAAUGGCCACGGGGAGUACACUGAAAUCGAUGGCGAGAAGGAGUUCUUCACUGUGUGCAACAAAAGCGACAAUGUGGUGUGCCACUUCUACCGGGCGGACACCCCUCGGUGCCUCAUCGUGGACAUGCACCUGAAGACGCUGGCCAAGAAGCACGUGGAGACCAGAUUCGUGAAGCUGGACGUGGAAAGGGCGCCGUUCCUGACGGGUCGCCUCAAGAUCCGUGUGCUGCCAACCAUAGCGCUGGUGAAACAGAACAAAACAAAAGACUUCAUAGUCGGCUUCACUGACCUCGGGAACUGUGACGACUUUACCACAGAGGUCCUCGAGUGGAGGAUCGCCAGGGCGGAAGUUAUAGAGUACUCCGGUGACCUACUGGUGCCGCCCGCAGAGGCGCGCAAACAACGCGCCCUCACAGUGCAGAGCAAGAAGACAAUACGGGGCCGCCAAGACAGCGAUUCGGACCUCGAGUUGAGCGAA